GAGAUCCAGCUGUGGGGAAGAGUGCUUUAGCCCAGAUAUUUCGCAAUGAUGGGGCUCAUUUUCAGAAGAACUACACACUGACAACAGGCAUAGAACUGUUGGUGAAGGCUGUGUCAGUUCCAGAGACAAGUGAUAGUGUGGAAUUCUUCAUUUUUGACUCUGCAGGAAAAGAUCUAUUUUCUGAAAUGCUGGAGAAACUGUGGGAGCAACCCAACGUCCUGUGCCUUGUGUAUGAUGUCACUAAUGAGCAAUCUUUCAACAACUGUGCCAAAUGGUUGGAGAAGCUGAGGGCUCAAGCAGUUGGAGUGCACAUCCCAGGUGUCUUAGUGGGGAAUAAAACAGACCUGGCUGGUCGUCGAGUUGUGGAGCAGAAACAAGCACAGGAGUGGGCUGAGAAACAUGGCCUGGAAUACUGUGAGAUGUCAGUGAAGGAGAUGAAAAAUUUUGAGGCCCCUUUCCACAUCCUGGCAAAGUCAUUCCACCAACUGUACAAAGAGAAAGUGGAAACUUUUCACUCACUAGCUUGAGGGCUGUGUCUGGGAUGACUUAUUUGUCCUCUAAGCUUCUUCUAGUGCCCAGAAUCAGAGAGAAGAAAUGGAUGGAAUACAGAGAGAAGAAAAAAGAUGAGCUAUUUGCUUCUUCAUGGUCAUCUUCUGGUAACUCAAAAUAAACUAGAAAUAAG